AGCUCUUCGCCCGCAGCGCGCCGGUGGGCGCUCUUUGUCGCGCUGCCGGGUCCGGCGACCCGCACGUCACUUCCGGCACGCGGCCGCUCCGCUACGGGAGCAGGUAGGCGCGUCGGCCCUCAGGGGCCGCCCCGGGCCGGGAGCCCGUGAGGCCGCCCCCGGCCACGGCCGUGACAGCCCCCGGCGGUCCCCGCCCUCGCCUCCCCUCAGCUGCUGCUGCCGCCCUCCCGCCGGCGCCCCAGCAUGGCCGUCUUCGACACCCCCCAGGAGGCCUUCGGGGCCCUGCGCCCCGCCUGCGUGCAGCUGACGAGGGCGCAGACCAUGGAGAACGUGGCCCGCCUGCAGGCCCACCUGGCAGCCGUCAGCGCCUCGGCCCUGCAGGAGCUGCAGGAGUACGUCCUCUUCCCCCUGCGCUUCGCCCUGAAGGUGCCGGGGCCCAAGCAGGAGCGCCUGGUGCAGAGCGUGGUGCAGUGCAUCUCCUCCGUGCUGGCAGCAACGUGUGUGAAGAAGCAGGAGCUCCUGCAGGAGCUUUUUUCUGAGCUCUGUACCUGCCUCUCUCCCCCUUCUAGCUCAAGCAACCCAGCCCCGCUGUCAGAGGAGUUAAAGCUGGCUGUAAUCCAGGCACUCCACACCCUGAUGCAUUCAGCUUAUGGGGAUGUUAUCUGGUCUCUGUAUCAACCUUCCGCCCUUCCUCUCUUAGGAUUUGCUGUAUCUUUGCUCCUGGGCCUAGCAGAGCAAGAAAAAGCAAAGCAAAUUAAGAUCUCUGCUUUGAAGUGCUUACAGGUCCUAGUUCUGCAGUGUGACUGCCAGGAGCAUCGACACCUAGAUGAAGAUGAGGCACAGCAAUGUGGGGAUUUGUUUGCUUCUUUUCUGCCUGGGAUUUCCAUUACGCUGUCUCGGGUUAUUACUGGAGACAUCAAACAAGGUCACAAACCCACCGUUUCUGCCAUCAGACUCUUUUAUCUGAUUGUUGGCUUGGUAAUGGCUGAUGCGCAGCUAGCCAGAAUUGCAAAGAAUAAAGAAAAGCUGCCAGUGGAAGAAAGCAGAAUAUCAGAAUUAAUGGUCCAUAGAGGACCUGACUGGAGUAAAAGUACUGCUGAAAAACUCUCUCUCCUCCUGCAUAAAAUGGUUGAAUUUUCUUCAGUUCACCCCCACUGGAAAGUGAGACUGGAGCUGGUGGAAUUGGUCCACUACUUACUGAGGAACUGCAGUCAGUCGCUGGUGGACUCGUUCAGUCAUCUUUUAAAGGCCUUGGUAGGGCUAGUGAACGAUGAAAACGGCGAAGUCCAAAGCAGGUGUAAGGAGGUUCUGCAAGGCAUUGCAGAGCAGAAGAUAGUAACACAGAACAGGGCUCUUGUUGAUGUCCUCUCCGAGAACCUCCAUUCCCUUGCCACAGCUCUUCCUCGCCUGAUGAACUCUCAGGAUGACAUGGGCAAGGUUUCCACUUUGAGCUUGUUGCUCGGCUAUCUGAAGCUGCUAGGCCCCAAGAUUAACAUUGUCCUCAACUCCAUAUCCCACCUCCACCGUCUGUCCAAAGCGCUGAUGCAGGUUCUGGAGCUGGACGUGACAGAUGUGAAGAUAGUGGAAGACAGACGCUGCGAGGGUGUGUGCGGACCUUCGGGCUCCUUGCAGCAUGGUGUGCAGAAAGGCAGACGUCAGAAGAAAUACUUCCGCUUCUUCACGGAGGAGAAAAUUUUCCAGCUCCUUCAGCAAGUUUGUCGUGUUCUUGGCUACUACGGGAACCUCUAUUUGCUUGUGGAUCAUUUCAUGGGGCUCUACAGUGAAUCGGGCAUGUACCGAAAGCAGGCAGCGAUGGUCCUCAAUGAGCUGAUUGUAGGAGCUGCUGGAGUGGGAGUGGAUGUUCUUCAGGAGAGGGAAGUUUCGUUGAACAUGGAUGAUCUCAAAGGGUCCAUAAUGUCCAUUCUCGAUGAGUACACAGACCAGGCAAACUGGUAUUUGAUCACUAGCAUUGAUACAGAAGAAAUCAGCCAUGAGCACUCUGUGCAACAUUCAGGACUUACUGCCCGUCCAGGAGGUGUGUGCAGCAGCGUUCUCCUUCCAUCCCCAGAGCCGCACGUAACGACCCGCACCAUGAACAGCAACAUCUGGCAGAUCUGCAUCCAGCUGGAAGGCAUCGGCUGCUUCGCUGCUGUCCUUGGGAAGGAGUUCCGGUUGCUUCUGCUGUCAGCUCUCUACCCUGUGUUGGAAAAGGCUGGUGACAAGACUCUGCUCAUCAGUGAGACGGCACUGGGGACUCUGGUAGACAUAUGCAAGGCCUGCAGUUAUGACUCCUUGCAGUGUUUGAUUAAUGAGAAUUCUGACUAUCUGGUGAAUGGGAUUUCCCUGAAUUUGCGCCAGCUGGCACAUCAGCCACAUGCUUCCCAGGUCCUGGACACUAUGCUGAGGCAUUCAGAUGCCAGCUUGCUGCCACUGGUAGAAGACGUUAUCCAAGAUGUCCUGUCUGCGCUAGAUCAGUCUUACAAUAACCAGGCUUCCACUUUCCUCAGGGUCCUCCACUCAGUAAUGACAGCUUUAGUCCAGUGGUUUGGAUCGUCCUGCGGUGAGGAACACCAACAAAGGCAGUCUCCCAAGUGGUGGAGCGGGACUUUGUCCCAGGGGCAGCAGGUGGUGACAAGGCAAGAAGUGGAACAAUUCUUCCUUGACUAUGUCAGACAGAAGCAGAUCGCAGAGGGCAAUCUUCCUGACACAGGGGAUGAGGAGGCAGACGAGGUUCUCCCCCUUGCUGAGCCGGAGCCAAACAACUCUGACACAGAAGGAGAAACACCACUGCCAAGCCAUGCUCAACUGGCCAAAGAUGUGAUGGAGAGGUGCAUCCACUUGCUGUCUGACGGGAACCUCCGAGUGCGGCUGAAGGUCCUGGACGUGCUAGAGCUCUGUGUAACUGCGCUGCAUCCUCACGGAAACCAUCUGCUUCCCAUGGCUCAUCGUGUCUGGCCAGCUCUCGUCACCCGGCUGAUUAGUGAUGACCCUCUGGCAGUGCUCAGAGCCUUCAAGGUGCUGUGUACCCUGGCUCAAAAGUGUGGCGACUUUCUGAGGCAGAGAUUCUCCAAAGAUGUCCUGCCUAAGCUGACCAGUUCCCUCCUCAGCCAAGCCCCAGCAAGUGCCAGAGCUGGGCCUGUGUACAACCACACGCUUGCCUUCAAGUUGCAGCUGGCUGUGUUGCAGGGACUGGGUUCUCUGUGCGAGAAGUUGGACAUGGGUGAGAGUGACCUGAAUAAAGUGGCAGAUGCCUGCCUGAUUUACCUCAGUGCCAAGCAACCCAUGAAAUUGCAAGAAGCUGCCCAGAGUGUUUUCCUCCACUUAAUGCACGUGGACCCUGACAGCACCUGGCUCCUCCUGAAUGAGGUCUGCUGCCCUCACCAGUAUGAACCCCCCCACAUCAGCCUGCAGCCCGUGAAGCUAAGUGGGAUGGGGAGGCAGCGGAAUGAGUUCACCGACAACGUGCUGCUCCUGCUGGAGAGGCUGCAGCAGCAGGAGAGCAUGAUGCGGCGGGCUGGCACGCAGGAGGCAUCUCCUCCUUGACAGACCUACACAGCAGCUGGGAGUGGAAAAAAGGAACCGCCAGGACAGAACUCACCUGGGAAAAUCCCAUCAUUCAGGCCCUGAAUUGUUCUGGGGGCAAAGGAAAGAUUGCCCAGUCUGGGGCACUGGCUGAGAUGUCUUCCCCAUGGGCAGAAGUUUUAUUUUUUUUAAACAGUGUUUGAGGAUGAGGUGCAUACAUUGCCCCAAUUCCUCCAGACUUGUACUUCUCUGCACAUGGUGCUGGAGAGAAGUCCAAGGGUCAUAAUACAUCUAUUUCAAGUUCUUCAGUACAAAGAGUCAUUUUCCAGAAAUGACUUCCCAACACUCAAUCCUUGGGUGGUGCCCCUUCAGCACCCCCUCCACACCCCUCUGACCUCCUCACAACUGUGAUACUCCCUCCUGUUCUCAGCUGGACAAUGAUUGCCAACUCAAAACAAAAGCUUUUUCUGGCCUUAACCCUUCCCAGGGAGAGAAUCCAGUUUGGGGUGCAUUAAAAAUCUUUUCUUUUUAAAACCAGUUAAUACCAGAAAAAGUUAAAAUGCAUUUUCAAUAAAUUCCUCAUCAGUAUUACUGAGCAGGAACACCACGUCCUCUUAGAAAUAUCAAGGCCAUUCCUUGUAGCUGCAUUUUGCUAAGACUGGCUGCUGAGACUGGCCAAAUGCAUUGUGCUCCCUGAUUCUCACCACUGAGUGAGAGAGGUUCUUUAGAAAAAUGGCCAGCCCUGAUUUACAACUUGCAAGUGAUUUAAGACUCCUCCUUGUUCCCAGAUUGCCUGCUAUUCUCACAGGCCAUUUCUUAGACCUCUCAGAUUUUUAACACCCAUUCCAAGGAGAACUAGAUGAAAUAUCUACCUGUGCCCCAGUACUGCCUCCCAGGUGGGUACGUACGUGGUCAGACGAUGCAGGCGGUGACAUUAGGUGUGAGCACGGUGGUACCACAGUUUGCUUGAGCAGGUAUAGCACAAUGCAGCGAGCAGAGAGGACGACUAGUCUUCGGGGUCUGCUUGCUGCCCCUGCCACAGAGCCUCCCCUCCAGAACACAGCACAGGCUCACCACUCGGCUGGAAGCUGCUGUACCGUACUCCAGCUCCCGAGUCCUCCAGGCUCCGUCCCCAGAGACGGUCUGCAGGUGCUGCUUUACCUGGCUGCUCCCAGACCACGCCGUCUCCUGGAUUCGUCAGCUUCACCCAGAGCGACUUCUGGCAGCAGGCUGCUUCCUGGCACUUGUGAAAGCUUUAUGCUAGUAAAGCAAAAGGACAGAUUUUGACUGUAAAUUCGUAAGAAAGCUCAGAAAUGCAAAAACCAAAGCAAUAAACUGAUUGUUACAUGGAA